AUGGGUGACAAAUGGAGUGGUACACCAGAGUUGCCACUUAAUUACAUAUUCAAUGUUAGUUAUGUUGACAGCAAUGAAGAGUUUUCUGUGAUGUAUGGUCUCACUAAUGCCUCAAUCAUGUCGAUGAUGUUCUUGGAUGAAUCUGGGUAUUUACAACGGAGCACAUGGCAUGAGGACAGUGCUAGAUGGGUCGUGGUCUGGAGUUCGAGUGCACUUGCCUCCCAGGAUAUGAGCCCGUGUCAGCACGUGACUGGUAUUGACGAGAGUUUGAGAAAUUGUUCAUGCUCAGCUUACACUAGUGAAGGAGGAGGCAUUUGCAUCACGUGGUAUGGGAAUUUGACGGAUACAAGAGUGUUCUCUAAUGGGGGAUUGGACUUGUCUAUUGGAGGCAACAUUCAGGUCAAUGAUGAAGAAAAAGUAGAAUUACCUAUCUUUGAUAUCGUCACCAUUAGCAGGGCAACUGACAAGUUUUGUGACACAAAUAAAAUUGGAGAAGGUGGUUUUGGGCCUAUUUACAAGGGUCUGCUAUCAACUGGAAAGGAGAUAGCUGUCAAACAGCUCUCAACUACCUCGAAACAAGGUCUUAAUGAAUUCAAAAGUGAAAUGACUUUGAUUGCCAAACUUCAAUACUGUAAUCUGGUUAUGCUUUUGGGAUGUUGCAUCCAUGGAGAAGAAAGAAUGUUAAUUUACGAGUACAUGCCCAAUGGAAGCUUGGAUUCUCUCAUUUUUGAUUUUGGCCUAGCUAGGACUUUUGGAGGAGAUCAAUCAUCCGCAACAACAAGAAGAGUGGUUGGAACUUAUGGUUACAUGUCACCGGAAUAUGUAAUUGAUGGCCUCUUUUCAAUAAAAUCUGAUGUCUUUAGCUUUGGAGUCAUGAUAUUAGAAAUAUUGAGUGGCAAAAGCAAUAGGCGAUUCCAUCAUCCAGACCAUAAUUUUAACCUUCUUGGGCAUGCAUGGACACUUUGGAUAGAAGGGAAGGCAUGUGAGCUAUUAGAUCCACUGGUGGAGGGUUCAUUUUCAAUGUCAGAAGUACUAAGGUGCAUACAGAUUGGUCUUUUAUGCGUGCAAAAAUGCCCCAAAGAUAGGCCAACUAUAGCUCUUGCUGAUAUUCCCCGUUCGCCGUCGUCGCCUGAUCUCGGCGAACUCGACACUGGUUUCUUUCUGCUGAUUCGUGCCUUUGAUUUUCGUUUUCAUAGAUCUAGGUUUCGGGAUUUGUUUGUAGAACCCACGAUUUUUAGGAGAAACUAA